AUGCCGGAGUCAUCAGACGACCAUCCUCUGGGAGGCUUCAUCACCGUCAACCACAGAUCCAUCCCAAUGCAAGCAGAUAUGCACGACAUGGAUCUAUCGCAUGGCGACUCGGAAAUCCAAAUGAUCAACGCUUUCCUAAACCAGCCUUACCCUUACCACCCUUCUGAUACUCGCUCCAGUCUACCCGGACGCCACAAGGCAGAUACAGCUCAAAGCGAGGCACAGAAGAAGAAGCGCGAGCAAGACGAGGCAGAGCUCGCAAAGAUAUACGAGUCGUUCGAGUUCGACACCUUGUGGUCCAAGCUCAGCGAUGUAUUGUCGAGGAUGAAGAACGAUCCCGGUGCGGCUCAGAUUCUUUUGCCCUUGAUCGAAAGCAUGAUGGUUGUCUCGCAGCAUGUAGCCAGUCCCGAAGCAGAAUCCUCCGCCUCUCCCACCGAAACCCGCCCAGCACACAGCCGUUCGUCUACUCAGGGCGGUCCCAAGUCUCCAAGAGAAAACAUUGAAGACAACUUCUUCGCUUUUACCGAGAAACAUCGCAAGAUUCUCAACAUUAUGGUCCGCCAAAAUCCCUCGCUCAUGUCGGGCUCUUUUGCUUUGCUCGUCCGCAACCCAAAGGUGCUCGACUUUGACAACAAGAAAAAUUACUUUACACAGCAGCUUCACAAAGGUCGACGAGAUCACUACACGCCCCUCUCCCUCUCUGUCCGAAGAAACUCAGUCUUCGAAGACAGCUUCCGUUACUUUUCCAGAAAGACGGGUCCAGAGGUCAAGCACGGCAAGCUCAACGUCCGCUUCAACAACGAAGAAGGUAUCGACGCAGGAGGUGUCACUAGAGAGUGGUUCCAGGUCUUGGCAAGAGCCAUGUUCAACCCAGACUAUGCGCUAUUUCAGCCUUGCGCGGCGGAUCGAACCACCUAUCAGCCAAAUCGCAUGUCCUAUGUCAACCCGGAUCAUCUCUCCUUCUUCAAGUUUGUCGGUCGCAUCAUCGGCAAAGCCAUCUACGAUGGAAGGCUGCUCGAUGCUUACUUUACCCGUAGCUUCUACAAGCAUAUCCUGGGCAAGGCCGUCGACUACCGAGAUUUGGAAUCCAUCGAUCCCGAAUACUUCAAGAGUCUGGAAUGGAUGCUUAACAACGAUAUUACCGAUAUCCUCGAUCUCACAUUCAGCGUCGACGACGAAGAGUUCGGAGAGACCAAGGUCAUCGAACUCAAGCCCAACGGCUCCACCAUCGCGGUCACCGAAGCCAACAAGCAGGAAUACGUGCGCCUCGUCACCGAACAGAGGCUCACCAACUCGAUUCAAUCCCAGAUCGAUGCUUUCCUUGGCGGCUUUAACGAGAUCAUUCCCCCCGAACUCAUCCGCAUCUUCUCCGAGCAGGAGCUCGAGCUGCUCAUAUCGGGUCUGCCCGACAUUGACGUUGAUGCCUGGAAGAACAACACUGAGUUGCACGGAUACAGCUCUGGAGAUGCCGUCAUCCAGUGGUGGUGGCGCGCCGUUCGAUCCUUCGAUCAGACCGAGAAGGCCAAACUUUUGCAAUUCAUCACUGGCACGAGUAAGGUGCCGCUCGAAGGUUUCGCCCACCUCCAAGGCGUGCAAGGCACGCAGAGGUUCAACAUUCACAAGGCGUACGGAGCCGAUCGAUUGCCAGCGGCGCAUACAUGCUUCAACCAGCUCGACCUGCCUCAGUAUGAGUCUUACGACAAGCUACGUUCUUCGCUGUUGCUCGCCAUGAACGAAGGUGGUGAAGGUUUCGGAUUCGCCUAG